UUGGUGUCCGUUGCUUUCAACCAUUGCGAUCCUGCGUUUACCGAUGUACUUAGCAAACCCAUUUCGAUCAGUAUGACCUUGCACCAGAUCCACUCAUGAUGGCCUGGUGGGAUAACUCUCGCAUUGAAACGACUGUUACACGGCAGUUCGUCAUUUCACAUCUUCAACGAACGAACACUGAGAAUCUGGAUGAAGCCCUGGGUUUUGGCGAUGGUUUGACAGAUGGAACAUACUGGGAAUGGAUAGAGACCAAGGCCAAGCGUAUAUUUUUGAUUUUACUUGACAUUGGAAUCCCAGACCAAAUUUUUGCCGCUGUUGACCACUCAUGGGACGACGACGAUCUCCCUUUCUCCUUGAAUGAUGUCGAACGAGUUACUGCUCAGACCGACCAUAAGCUGAACUGGAAAUUCUGGGACAGGCAAUUCUACUAUGUGCUGAGAGAAGUCGAAGGGGGCGCCCAUGUGGUGUACGAGGAUGACGAGGUCGUCCCUAUCGACAUUGUGGACAAAAGGCAGUCCGCUACUGCGAUGAAUCAUAAUCACUAUGUCGACAGGGUAACACUUCCGAAUGUACCGGAGCGAGCCUUCUGUCGUCGCAGGUUUCCGACUAGCAAUAUUCCAGCUGGUAUGUCCCACGAAGACUUCUUGAAAGAAAUAAGAAGUACCAAGAAUAUUUGCAACGAACACAUUGUAUCAUAUUUCGCUUCAUAUACUCAUCUGGGGUCAGUAUAUGUGCUGCUCACAUACCCAGGCGAAUACAACCUUAAGGCUAUCGUUUCAAAUAUACCGGCUUCUUUCAAGGCACUACCUAAACGCGAACGACAAAUCCAUAUUUUGAACUGGAUACACUGUCUAGCAGACUCUCUUUGCUAUCUUCAUGGCAGAAACCGUUCACACGGAAAUAUAAGGCCAUCCUCCAUCGCAUUGGAUUCACUUCAUCGCAUCUUGCUCGCUGAUAUGGCAAGUCUGAGUUUCGAAAACCUGGAUAGUGUGUCAGAGAAGGCCGCCUUUAAUAAGGAAUCCUACGACUAUGCCGCCCCUGAACAAUGGUUUCGACCAGCAAGCAAUUUGUCACUAUAUGGCAGAACUUCACUCAUCUCGACCACCUCUGCGUUCUCUGUCAAUCGAGGCGAGGUCGAUCAGUCGAACAUCAUACAUACGACCCCACAUUUAGAUCCUCAAGCCGCAGAUAUAUUCUCCCUGGGCUGUGUCAUCCUCGAGCUGAUCGGCCUAUUACUAAAGCGGCCCUCGAAGUCGUUUGCCGCUCAUCGAGGCGCCAAGCACAAACUCGCCGGGCGCGGAGGUGCACCACUUGACACAUCAUUUCACAAGAACCUUGGCCAGGUCGAGUCAUGGAUGACAAAUCUCGUUCAAGAAGCCAACAAGAAAGACGAGUUGAUCUUUCGCGGUGUCGCACCGAUUCUGCAGGUAGUGGCUCGCAUGUUAUCUGUCGCACCACAGGAUCGACCGACUGCACGUGUGGUUGAGCAGCAGUUAUACCGUGCCUUGACAAGCCAUGGUAUAGGUGAGCCGCAUUGUGUACAUCAAUAUGAGGGUUUCGAUUUGGGCUUUCACGAUCUCAGAAUAAGGGAUGAUGGCGUGCCUAUAUCAAUUUCGACAAGACGACACAGUGAUCAUAGGCUAUCUCGCAGUGGAGGGAAGAGGCCGCUGAGUCCCAGGGAUAGUGGGCUUUAUCUCAUGUCAAGAAGUCAGCCUAUAGUGCGAGACCCACGAGCUGCCAACACGGCGGAAUGGGAUGCACCUGUCCAUACCUGAUGGUGACAUGUGGCCUAGGAGAUGGUGGAAGAUACCAAUGAGAGAUAGGUUCGAAAUAUAUUCAUGCACCCCCGCUCCGCAGUUUCGUAUGGUUAUACUUGAACCCUUUCUUAUUCGAAUAAAGAAUCAUCAUGUGUAUCUCCCAAUGAGUCGGCCUCUAAUCAUAUAAACCAUCAAGGAAUAAUAUCAUAUCUUCUUUGAUACUUUUGUUGUAGUACAGUAUAUCAUAAUGCACAGACCUCGUGUUUCUGCUAAUUGUAUUUGUGAUUGAAGAUCAGCAGCGAGUCAUGAUAGCCACAGCAGUGAGAUCUCAACCAAAUG